AUGGCUCGUGUUUCAUCGCAGAAUGAGCCCGCGGCAGACCUCGCUGCUGUUACGAGCAGUGGCAACACAGCAUUACACUUUGCUUCCAUGUGGGGAAAUCGUGCAGUUAUCGAACUUCUUCUGGAGGCAGACAGUACCCUCUGCCAAGCAAAGAACAAUAGUGGAGAAACGCCUUUACUUGUGGCUUGCAUGAAAGGCAAUUCGGCUGCUGUGCAGAUACUGCUGGACUCGGGCUCUGAUCCCACAAUUGUCGAUUAUAAAGGUCAUAUGGCGAUCCACCGUGCAACAUGGCAGGGUAACCUUGACAAUGUUAAGGCUCUCGUGAAAACGAAUCCCCAUCAACUGGAAGAAAGAAAUAUCUUCGGUCAGACUGCUUUGAUCAAUGCAUCUUCAUGGGGUGGCAACGUCCAGAUUGUCGAAUUACUUCCAGAAAAAGGGUCACAAGACCUAGAAACACCCAAUGAUCAGGGAAAGACACCGCUUCUUAUUGCCUCUCCACGUGGUCAUUUUCACGUUUCUCAGCUCCUCAGUGGAAAAAAUGCCAAUUGUCAUGUUGUGGAAACUGGGAAUAACGAUACUGCACUUCAUCUAGCUGUGUGGGGCGGCAAUCUUCAGAUUGUUCAGAUCCUUCUAAAAAAAGGGGUAGACCAUGAAAGAAGGAACGGCCAUGGAAAAACACAUCUUCUGAUUGCUUCUCGUGGUGGUUAUUUUCCUAUUGUUGCGUAUUUACUUAACGAAGGUGCCAAUUCUGAGGUUGCGGAUACCGAGAAUGGCGAUACUGCACUCCAUUUAGCUGCAUGGGGCGGCAGCCUUGAGGUCGUUCAGAUCCUUCUCAGAAAAUGUUCAAAAGACCUUGACAAGCAGAAAAACGGGGGAGCAACGCCCCUUCUCAAUGCCUGUGCAUGUGGCCAUUCUCUCAUUGUUAGUUUCUUACUUGGAGAAAGUGCGAACUCAAGUGUUGUUGACGAUCAAGGGGACACCGCUCUUCAUCUUGCUGCCGCAAGCGGAGUUAUUGAAAGCGUUGAAAUUCUCGUCAAUAACAACAAAGAAUCAAUCAAUAAGCAAAAUAAGGAUGGUGGAACUCCUCUUCUUGUGGCCGGCUCUUCUGGGUCGUUUAAAAACAAUGAUGGAAGAACACCAUUUCAUUUGGCAUGCUACAGCAACAAGAUCGAAGCUGUUGACAUACUCCUCGACUCCUUUGUGGGGAACCCAAAGAAGCGAACAGAAAUCAUCAACGCAAAAGAUGAUUGGGGGGAUACCGCCCUGGCCGAUGCUGCCAGCGAUAAGAUAUUUUCUAUUGUCCUUCAAUUGCUGAGGGAUGACGGAUACUUUCCCCAGGCUCCGUCUUCCUGUCCUGUGGAAGAGGUAUAUUUUUCCGAUGCGGAUGAGCGCGAAACAGUCGGCGACUUGCUCCUUUCGGAGAUGGAAACAAUGAAAGAGAGACACGAUAACAAUCCCAAACUUAGUGAAGCUUCUGAUGGUAAAGUCGAUAUUGACAGAUAUUUGACGGCUGUCUGCUAUUGGGCGUUGUUGAAUGGAUGCUCAAAAUUAGUCAAAGCUUGUGUGGAGAGAGCAAGUAAGAGAGGUGAUGACUUCAGGCUCGACAGGGGAGGUACCACAUGGUCACACGUCGCUGCUAUGAGCCGUUUAUCUUUGGACCGAAGCGUCAUUCUCUUCGAUCUAAUGUCGCCCUCUCUUGGAGAAGCGGAGAAGGCUCUAUGCUCGGACAAGCAAGGCAUCACUCCACUGCAUGUGGCAGUUACGCACGCGAACUACGAAUUGACAACGGAUAACGCGCGUGAUACGCCCAUUUCGCUGGCGGCAAUGGGCAAAACCACAAAGCACCGAGACAUCCAGAAUUCGCUGUGGGGGAAAAUCGAAGAAGAGGCCGAAAGGUGUCGAAUUUUCUCCACGCCCGACUUGAACAGUAAUGCAGAGCUUCUUCUCGAGCUAGCAGCGCGCUUUAAUACCAAAAAUAAUGAGAGACUAUUGAAGAGGCUUUUGCAAAUGAAAUUGGGUGCACCGGAGAAAGACAAUGUCCUUGAAUUGGCCAUUCAGCUCCAGUACCCCAAGGUUGUUUGGUGGCUCCUCUCAAAUGGCGCCUACCUCAAUGAACGAGACAUCAAGAAGGGCUUUUCGAUUUUUGACUCUAGGAAUUGGAACGACAAGAAAGAUCACCAGACUAGAAUGCUUUUGGAAAACCCCCCUCCCUUCACAAAAGUUUUGGUCUCUCUUGGCACAUCCGGAUUCUUCUCUUUGAUUGCGUUCAACCCUAAGUGGUUCAAGUACAACAAGUCCACGUGGGGUACGAGCGCAGCGAACAACAAAGGGGGGCAGGAGGGUGAUGACGGAAAGAAUGUUCCGGACAAAGGGCAAGUGGAAGCUCCUCAAAGAGCACCCAUAAAGGAGGAUACUGGGCGGCGCAGCCUUCAGAAGCGUACGAGGAGAGGGGGACAUAGUUCUGAAGACAUUGCGAAUAUGGCAUAG